UCUCCCCGCCUUCCCUCCCCGCCUUUAUUCCCGUCGGCCACCGCGUGAAGGGGAAAGAUGGCGGCCCUCGCGCUUGCGAGAGUUGGGUUGAGGCAGGCUCACUUGCUGGGAGGACGAAGGAGACGGUUCCUGUCCCUGGGAGUGACCCACCUGAGCCAGGAGUCAGUUGAACCCAACCCUGCAGAUCUAAAAUAUCCAGGAAUUGUUGAAUCUACCGAGGAAUACAAAUUUGUGGAGAGGCUUAUACCUGCCAGCAGAGUACCUGAACCCCCCAAACAUGACACAUACCCCACCCCAUGUGGGUGGAGGCCUCCACAAGAUCCCCCUCCAGCCCUGCCUUAUUUUGUACGGCGGUCUCGCAUGCACAACGUUCCUGUCUACAAAGAAACUACCCACGGCUGCAGAAAGAUGACUCUUAUCAGGAGGAUUGAAGGUGAUAUUUGGGCCCUCGAGAAGGAAGUGAAGGAAUUCCUCACAGAGCUCUCUGGAAGGACACCAGCCACCCAAGUCAACGAAGUUGCCUCUUUCAUUCUCAUCAAAGGUUAUUUUGAUGAGGAACUGAAGCAGUGGCUGAUGGACAAAGGUUUUUAAAUAAAGCAGCCUUGGGGAAGGGCCCCUCGUUUUGUCUUCUAUGAAGAUCUGUUUGUUAACUGCGAUGGCAUUAAAACAGGAAUAUGGCAAAA